AUGAAGCUUCAGGUGGGCCUGAUUGUCGCUGCGGCAGCCUUCGCCGCCGCCAGCCCCUUCAGAGAGACGAGGAACAAGCUGCUGCUGAUCUCGUUCGAUGGCUUCAGGUGGGACUAUGACCAGGAUGUGUACACGCCAAACAUGGACCGGCUGGCGGUGGAAGGCGUCAAGGCCAAAUACAUCACGCCGCCCAUGCUGACGAUGACCUCGCCGUCCCACUUCACCACCAUCACAGGCAGGUGGGUGGAGGACCAUGAAGUCGUCCACAACAUGAUGUUCAACACGCAAACCAACCAGAAGGUUCCUCACAAGGAGACGCUGACCCGAUCUGAGUGGUGGGACAACGGACCCCUGCCGUUGUGGAUCACAGCUCAGAACCAGGGCUUGAAAACCGCCUCCUUCCACUUCCCGGGAGGCGGGGCAAACUACAGCGGGCAGGGCGUCAACCGAGCGUUGGUAGAGGAGGCGGGAUAUCCUGAUGACAACGAGACCGAAUGGCGGCAGAACAUCGACACAGUGCUGAGCUGGUUCUCCCAGGAGGACUUCCACCUGGUGACUUUGUACUACGGCGAGCCCGACAACGUGGGCCACGCCAAGGGGCCAGACCACUCAGACAGGAAAAAGAUCAUCCGCCAGAUCGACCGCACCAUCGGCUACCUGAGUGAGGCUAUUGGUCGCCACCGCCUGAACGACCACCUGAACGUCAUCAUCACGUCCGACCACGGCAUGACCACCAUCAAGAAACGCCCCCUGGUGGAUGAGAUUGUCCUCAACAAGUAUGUGAACCUGCUGAAAGUGGCCAGCUUCGAGAUCCUGGACUAUGGUGGAUUUGGCAUCCUGACGCCGAGGCCCGGCAAGGAGCAGGAAGCGCUAGAGGCGCUGUCCAAGGCGCCCAACUUGACGGUGUACAGGAAGGACGACAUGCCGGAAAGCUUCCACCUGGCCAGGAGUCGCCGCCUCCCUCCCGUCAUCGUGGUCGCCGACCUCGGAUUCAACCUUAACUCUAGAUUCAUCGUCUACGUCAACAAAGGCGACCACGGGUACCAUAACGGCGAGAUGGACAUGAAGAUGAUCUUCAGGGCUUUUGGACCGGACUUUAAGAAGAACUUCCUGUCCGAGCCCUUUGACAGCAUCCACAUCUACCCACUCAUGUGUCAGCUGCUCAACAUCCAACCGGCGCCGCACAACGGGUCGCUGCAGGCCACCCAGGACAUGUUGCUGAGUGGCGGAGGACCUCAAAGCGUAACGGUGUCCCUGGUGACGCUCAUCUCCAUACUCGUCGUCACGCUCCUCUAACCUCGAUCCGAGGUCACACUUGCGGGUUUAAGAAGAUGUCCAGGAAGAUACUUCUUCGGACUUGAACUACAAGAUUACCU